CUGAAAGGGCAAGGCGGCUGCAUCCUGUUGGAGAUCAUCUCAGGCGCACGGGCAUGACACGCGCAUGAAGGGCAACUGCGAGACUUGGCCGCUUUCGACCGUCCGAGCCCUCGCGAAAGCGAGAGUGCAGUGGCUUCGCCAAGAAUGGCAGCGUUUCAAGACGAACAGAGUGCCGAGCAGCUGAUUGACAGAUGCUUCGACAAGUGGGAGGUCGGGGCGACCGAUGACGAGGACAAGUGGGACGGAGCUGGACAAUCCGAGAUCUACAGUGCCCUACACCCUGGACUUGGUCGGCACGAGCUGCUGAUUGGUCUUUGUGCCCUCCUUCGUCAACAUGUGCAUCUCUGCAAGCGUGGUGACGAGGAGAUCGCAGAGCUCAUCGAACACUGCUCGGCUCGCGCAGUGCCAGCCGAUCCGGGGGCCGGCUCGGAGCGUUCUGACGAUGCCUCUGAAUCGGACGGUACCAUAUCCAAGGGUAACGCCGGAGGAAGGUACAUGACGUGGCAGCAAUCCAGCAUCAUCGAUGCCUUCUGGCUGAUAGAUGAAGAGAUUCUGGCGUACACUGAGCGCGAACACAUGAUGAUUCUGCCAGGUGCGGGCAGCACGCACGUCAUGGCCGGAAGAUACAAGCUGGCAGGAGUUUUGCAAAUCUUACUGGAGCGAGAGGUCGUACCGCGAAUCGAAGGAGCGGCAAGGCUAGACGACGAGCUUCUUCAAGCUGCGAAGCUCAUCGACAAUGCCAUGGAUUUCAAGCGAAAGGAGGCGCGGGUAAAGACAAACAUUCUCUACCGUCAGCAAAAGUUCAACUUGCUCCGAGAAGAAAAUGAAGGCUUCUCUAAAGCCCUGGAAGUCAUUCUGGGCGGCAUGGGGCCUCCGGUCACCGCUUCGAUCGAGCAAAGCUCGGGCAAAGUGCUUGUGCACGAGCAAGAGCGAGAGCCGAUACGCAAAAAGAGGGCUGCCAAGAUAUGGAGGAAUCUGCUAGCACUCAUUGGCUAUUUUGAUCUGGAGCCCAAUCGUGUCUUGGAUCUGAUUCUCGAUCUCUUCAUCACCAACGUCAACCGGCACUACCCGUUCUUUCUUUCACUGAUCGCAGCGAGCCAAUGGGGCUCAGCCAAGGGGAAGGAGCGGGCUUCGAGUGACGAGUGUAUGAACGACAGCGCGGACGACCUAGGCCAGGUAAAAUGGCUGGAAGAGGAGAAGGGAAAUUAUGUCUGCGCGCAGAUUAUGGGGUUCAAGCUCAAGUACUACAUGAAGGAAGACGUCCGAGAAGAUGCCCCCCUGGAGGUCCAUGUUACCAUGGCUUUGCUCAUCCGCCAUGGGUUCAUUAAGACCACCGCCAUCCUCAAUCAUAUCUUGAACAAGGAUGCAAUGUGCGUGGCACAUGAUGCGUACAAGAAGUCACUGAGCGAAAUGGCCUCGGCAGCAUCCGCCAACGCCCUCACUAUGUCUGCACCCCUCGUUGACGAUGAUGCUGGCAACCGUGUGACUGCCAAGAAUGAAGAGGAAAAAAAGGGACCUCUCAAGACGCUCCAGAUUGUUGGCGCCAUCCGAGCCUUCUUGUCUCUGGGCAUGCUGCAGCAUGCCACACUCUUGCUUGCGAAAUGGCCAUGGAUCUUGACGGCGCAUGAGGAUGUCGCCAUCCUCUUUUGUCGUCUUCUCCGACCGGUCGUUCGGAGGGUGUACAACACGAUGGCCGUCUCAGCUGCAAGUGAGGAGCAGCCCAUCUCCGCGGAAGGCAACUACGCUCUCGUCGCUCCGCGCAAGUGGGACACAAAGAAGGGGGCGCUCUUGCCUCCGCCUCCACCGACAGCUGAGAUCGUCUUUGUGGCACCGCCGCCACCGGAUACUGUUGCCAAGCGCUUCAGCUUCUUUUACAGUGACUGGCACACCCAACUUCCAACGCCCUCUACUGCUGAGCAAUUCCUGCAAACGGUCUACCCUCUGUUGAAGAUGCUAGGCUACAAUCUCUAUGUGGAUCCGUUACUCUUUUCACAAAUCUGCCGGAUCACAGGCGCGGGAUUCACAGCAUGUCCUGGAUUCGACGAGCACGGCCGCAACCAAUGGCUGGACAUCGUUCGUGGCAACUUGCUUGGUGCAUGCUCGCUUUCGGAUCCGAACACUGCUAUCCUUUCUGAACUGUGGACUGUCUUCAAGACACUCAAUUAUGAGGCACGGUUUAAGCUCUAUGGCGAAUGGAAAUCGCUGUACAUGAAGCCCGAGCUGAAACACUGCAAGACCAGGACCGAAAAGGAGGCCAAAGGGGUGCUCAAGCGCGUCUCCUCAGAUCCAAAGGCUCAGCGUCUGAUUGGUCGGAAGCUGGCCAAAGCGGCUCAUUCGAAUCCGAUCAUCUUUUUCGCCGUCGCCUUAAAUCAAGUCCAAUCUUACGAAAACAUGAUCGGACCAAUCGUUGAAGCGGCACGAAGCUUGACUGCGCUCGAAUUUGACAUCUUCACUUGGUCACUUCUUGAUUCUCUGUCGGCGGAAAAGCAACGCAUGAAGAAUGACGGCACGAAUCUUGCCGGCUGGCUUAAGAGUCUUGCUGCGUUUGCGGGGGCACUUUACAAGCGUUACUCGCUCAUGGACUGCGGUCCUGUCCUUCAAUAUAUCGUCAACCAGCUGCAUGAGAACAAUGCGAAUGACCUCAUCGUCAUGCGCGAACUGAUUCUCAAGUUGUCUGGCAUCGAGCCGCUCGCCAACCCUUCGGACCGGCAGGUCGAGGCGUCUGCAGGCGGAGACGCGCUCAAGCGGGAAGCGACGAUGGCGAACGAUGGGGGCCACGGCACGCAAGCUCGUGCGCUCUAUCAAAAGAACGGCGAGCGGCUGCUGGGUAUGGUCCGUGCCAGUGGGAUGAUGCUUCCCCUUCUUAUCCUCAUCGCGCAACAACAAGAUGCGUGUAUUCACCUCGUCGCCGACGAAGAAGCACACCUCAAAUUCCUCGGCCAGCUGUUCGACACCUGCUCGGAGGUCCUCUUCCAAUACGUUGAAUUUCUCAAUAGUUUUCUCGACGCUCCAACGUACGCCUCAACCAUUCCAGGCCUGCAGGCUCUUGUUGAGCGUUUCAAGAUUCGUCCAGCCAUCGCAUUCCACAUCGCUCGGCCAGAGCUCACACGCCUGAUGAGCAAGGCGGAGCACAAAGCGCGAUCGGAGCGCCUUCGCAAGCUGGCUGCUGACACUAAGGCCAAGGUUGCAGCUGCGGCUGCAGCUGCUGAGUGUGCGAAAGGACAGGAAGCGAACAUCGCUUCUCAGCCGGACGCGGCGGAAGGCGUAGAUGGCACAGAAGGCAAAGAGGAUGCGGAAACAAAGGUGGCGGAGAUUUCCAACACCGUCGACGGCGCCCAAGAGACUCAGCAGAAUGGCGAUGCUUCCAUGCAGGACGCUGUGUCUAAUGGAACCGCUGUGGAACGAGCAGGGGCUAUAUCAGAGUCAACCACAAUUCCGGAGAAGUGUGAGGAGGCGGAACCGGUGGAGCCGUGGUGGCAGGAUGUGCUGUCUUCUGUGGAGGCUGCAGCGCUAUCCUUCUUACCUGAGGACUUCACCUCAGUCGCCAGCGCUGGCUUCUAUGCUACGUUCUGGCAACUUAGCCUUUCGGACAUUGAGGUUCCGGUGCAAAGAUACAAACAGGAGAAGAACGCUAUACUCGCUGUCUACGCGAACGCCCCAUCCGACCGCCAGGGCGAGCAGACCAAGAGGCGGCUGGCAGAGGCGUCCAACACUCUUGAAGCUGAGCAAAAAGCGCAGGAAGAAAGAGCGAAAGGGACAAAGCUUCGGCUUGAGGCAGAAAGGAAGACAUGGUUUGUGCAGGGGAGCUUGCAGGACGACCUUGCCUGGGCGGUAUUGCAGCAUUGCAUCUUGCCCCGCUCGCUCCUCUCACCGGCCGAUGCCAUCUUCAGUGCCAAGUUUAUCCGUCUUUUGCAUUUAUAUGGCGCCGAUAAUCUGUCAACCAUCACUCUUUACAACAAGCUCUUCGAGUACGUGCGACCAACGCUGUUUAUGACGACGGAGAACGAAGCGCGAAAUUACUCUCGCUUUUUGCAAAUCAUCUUGGCCGACCUGGAAAGAUGGAGGAAAGAUGCGACAGCUUACUCAAACGAGGCCGUUCCAUCCCAUCUACAUGGCUUCGAUACGGUGUCGGAGGAUGGCACUUCGACCAAGCUCGAGCACGUCGAUUUUCUCAAGGUUUAUGCAGAAUGGCAUCAAUCCUUGUUCGACGCUUUCUCCUUUUGCAUCGAAUCUCGAGAGUACAUGCGUUUCCGCAAUACCAUCGUGGUCAUGACGCGAGUUGCAGAGCUUUUCCCAAUUUUAGGCGACCAUGGUUCCAAGCUCGUCGUGAAGGUCGAAGGAGCUGCCAUGGAGGAGGCACGCGAGGACCUCAAGAUCUUACUUCAGGGGCUUCUGGCAGUGUUGAAGAAACACGAGAAGCGAUGGCUUGCGAACAUCAAGGGUGGACAUUGGGAGCCUAAGCAAAAGCUGCCGCCCAAGCUGCCGGCUACAAAAAAUUCCUCCGCGGCGACAAAAUCGUUGCGUCCCGGCAACGAGCCUGCGCCUUCAGCAAAUGCUCAAAGGGAGUCUUCGAUUGCAGCGAAUGUGGACGUCAACGGGAAUGUAUCCGCCGAUGCAACACCGCCUUCAGAACCGAUGAGAAGCACGUCGAUCCGAGGAGUUGCGGCUGCCCGGCGCGACCAAGAAGAACGUACUGCAGCUGAACAGAAGGCCGUAUCGCAGGCGCCCGCACCCGGCGAAUCAAGCGCCGACGCCGCGACUGCGCGCGAUGCUGCGCUUGCAAGUAUGCGCAACGGGCGUGCAGCAUCGUCUGCUUCAGGCAGACCAGGAACGCCUGGCAGAACAAAUCCUGCGGAAACGCCGCGCAACCUUUUGAGCACUGAGAUACCGAUCCGACGCGAGACCAGUGAAGAGCCUCCUGCUGGACCAUCGGCCGCGACUCUUGCAACCCCGCACCAGCCGGCAGCUGAAGAAGCGCGAAACUGGAAACCUAGCCGCGAGUCCAGGGCAGCAUCUCCGGCUACUGUGCCCGUACGUUUGACCCGGGAUAGACGGGGAGCCGACGCACUCUCAAUUCGGGCAAGAGAUCGUGACCGGCGUGAUGAGGAGCGUGACCAGAACCGCAGAAGCGAUAUGGAAAAAACUCGAGACAGAGAGGCUGACGAACCGAGUCGUGACAUGAAGAAGGAGGCCGAGCCUGCCUCCGACACGAUACGGCGCUGGGGUCGAAACGAUUCGACUUUGUCUAGAGGUCCGCGGCACAGCGCGGGGUCGAAUGCAGUGGAACCGCCAAGAAUCGAAAGAAGCCGCGGGCAUGAUACGCAAGGCCCUUCUUCAAGGGAUGGCCGUCGUGGCAGCAGGCAAGCCUCGCCUGGUGACACUGCGCGUGACAAUGUCUCCAUUCCGACUGGCCCUGCUGCAGACCGCCGGCCUUCAGGAAGAGCUGCUCAGCCAGGUGUAGCUGAUCCGUCUGCAAACUCACCUUCUGGACGCAAGCGGGGAAGGGUGGAAGAGCCCAGCGCACUUGCUGUUCGACUAGGCUCUCAACCCACGGGCACACCCAGCAAUGACCCUUCAGAUCCCAAACGGCCAAGACUCGGAGAUUCUCCGAGAGAGGCCAAAGGCAGGAACGGCACCAGGGCCGAUGCUGAUACGGACAGCGGUAAGCGUCCGAGCAGUUCUGCUCGGGAUUCACGAGACGGGCAAGGUGGAACGCACAAAGGGCGCGGUGCAAAUCUUGCUGAUCCAGUUGGUUCUACACAAGAUUCUGGGUGGGAAGGCAGACGCAUCAAGAAGGAAGAGGACGGCACGCGAGAACAGAGGGCAGCGUGGGAGGGUGUCAGGGCCAAGAGGGAGAGUGCAAGGGAAAGGGAGCGUGCAGCAGAGCUUGAAGCCGACCAUAGCAGGGACCGUCACCGGGGUGACGAUCGCCGUCGAGGUGACCGCGAUCAACGCGACAGCGCUCGAGAGGAUCGCGACUUGUUCACUGAGCCAUCCAGGCCUAUCGAUCGUGAUCGUGCACAACGUGAGGCAGACCGAUCUGGCCGUGAACGCGAACGCGACCGUGACUACCCACGCGGUGGCGGCCAUGCGAGCACUACGCGCGGCGGCGACCGAGCCCGCAUGAGUGACGCGGAACGGGAUGCAGGUCGACCCUCGCACACUGACCGUUUAAUCGACCUUCAACUUGAAAGCACAAGCGCGAGCCUCUCGGAAGACUCUAGAGGCGAAAGCGGAAGGAGCAGCGGGCGCCGCAGGAAGCGUGAAGGACGCGAGGGAGGGCGGCGGGACAGGUCGGACAGGCGCUCUGGCGCUGUCGAAUGAACAUCUACUGAGGGUACGUGCAAAACAUACGUUGUGCCUUUCUAUGUAUUUCAUACAGUCCAAAGUCGAAGCGUGACGGCUGCACA